GCUGACAGGUGAAUGGAUGUCGUCACUUCCUGGCGGAGGUCCCGCUGCAGCUCGCGGGCCGGACUGGAUCUGAACAAUGACCGACGGGGUCAUGGGGAAAGCGGCCACCAUGGAGAUCGCCAUCAACAGCAACGGUGAUAGUGCCGAGCUGCCCGAGGACGACAGCCUGGAGCAGGACCUGCAGCAGGUGAUGGUGUCGGGCCCCAACCUGAACGAGACCAGCAUCGUGAGCGGUGGCUACGGUGCCCCCGCCGACGGGAUCAUCGCCACCGCCUCCAUCAAAGGCUGUGUUGCAGGGUCCAGUAACGUUCACCACUCCCAGAGCAACCCCGUCUCCACGGGUAACGAGGCAGCGCGCGGCAUCGCCGGGGAGAAGUUCGACGUGGUGAAGAAGUGGGGCAUGAACACGUAUAAGUGCACGAAGCAGAUGAUCUCGGAGCGGUUCGGCCGGGGGUCGCGCACGGUCGACCUGGAGCUGGAGACGCAGAUCGAGCUGCUCCGCGACACCAAGAGGAAGUACGAGAACGUGCUGCGUCUGGCGCGGGCGCUGACCGGUCACUUCUACAGUAUGGUGCAGACACAGCGCGCUCUGGGCGAGGCCUUCUCUGACCUCAGCCAGAAAUCCCCAGAGCUGCAGGAGGAGUUUGGCUACAACGCUGAGACCCAGAAGCUUCUGUGCAAGAACGGCGAGACUCUGCUGGGAGCGGUCAACUUCUUUGUGUCGAGCAUCAACACGCUGGUCAACAAGACCAUGGAGGACACGCUGCUGACCGUCAAACUCUUCGAGAGCGCCCGGCUGGAGUAUGAUGCCUACCGCACGGACCUGGAGGAGCUGAACCUGGGCCCACGUGACUCGUUGACCUUACCCAAGAUAGACCUGGCUCAGCAGCUCCACUCGCUGCACAAGGACAAGUACGAACGUCUACGCAACGACGUCACCAUCAAGCUGAAAUUCCUGGAGGAGAACAAGGUGAAGGUGAUGCACAAACAGCUGCUGCUGUUCCACAACGCUGUGUCCGCCUACUUUGCGGGGAACCAGCAGCAGUUGGAGCUGACACUGAAACAGUUCAACGUGAAGGUGAAGGUGCCGAGCUCGGACAAGCCGUCGUGGCUGGAGGAACAGUGAGGGGGGGGGGGGGCGUCCACAUUAAACACACAAACACACA